AAUCUCCCCUCAAACAACAACACCCGCAUAAUAGUCGCCUCUUCGGAUGGUCGCUUUGUGGUCUGUGGCGCCUCGCCCCGACCGAAAGGCGUCUCCCAGGUGCAAGCCUUUGACCUGCUACCCCUGGUUACCUUCCGAUUGGCCAACCCCGGCGAGUCCGCAGCCUCCCUAGCGUGA